GGUAAUGAGAUUUACUGCAGCUGUGUACAUCUCAAGGCACUAAUUUGAAUUUGUAGCAGAAAAAAUGUCUACUCUUCCAAGCAAAGAAUUGCACGAAGGAAUGUUAUUAGCAUAAGGAGAUUUUUUUAUUUAUUUAUUUUUGGAGAAAGCUUCAUUUCUGAUUACAAAAGCACAAACUUUAAAUCAGCUAUAUGGCAAGCAUGAAAUCAGAUUAAAGUUUCUCUCUAUGUAUUCUGACAUACUCGGAUUUGAGAAUUGUCUUUCACAUCUCCAACCUGCUAAACACUUCUCUGUUUCAGAUCUGUUUCCUCAUAGUGAGGAGUUAACACAACAUGAAUAAGCCAUCUUGCUUUUCUUUUUCUUAUUCCCAUUUUGCUUUAUCUGCCUACAUGAGCUUUUAACAUCACCGCAUUGGUGAGACAAUCAAACACAAGCAUCUGGAUUUAUGGGGAUGUAACCAGAAACGAUGACAGGGUAGAAUUUUUUCAUAUUCUCUCAGCACUUUUUUAAUCUCAGUCUGAGACAUUCUUUGUUUUCUUUGGAGUCGGGGCUAGCCCAGGGAACAGUGGUAGCAUUCUCUGAGUUCAGGCUGAUUGUUAGGUGUAAUGUGAUGUUCCAGAAUUUGGUUACCGAUUCCACAACAAAAUCUUUUUAGUUCUGCACUGACAUCUUUCCCUGAGCAAAAGGGAAAAUGAUUGUCUGUAAUAGAAAAGUAAGUCUUAGAAGAUCCAGCACAGCACAGAGAAACCUUCCUCAAACUACACAACAAACUGCACAAUUACAUCAUGCAUUAACAAUGGUAGGUAACAGGGCUGAUGACAUGCCUACUGAAGUAGCAUUAUAACAAUAUUUUGCACCCAUGUAAGAAUUAUAUAUCCCUAAGCUUUUAACAGUCAUAGGUCAAUAGUGAACAGUUGCAGCUAUGGAAACAGUGAGAUGCUCAGUGCUAUACGUUGCUAUAGGCGAUUUUAAAAUGGUGUGUAAAAAUGAAAAAACUCACAGUGCCAAAUUUUUCCAACAGUAUCAGCUGGUUGAAUAAAAUAUGUUACCUCUUUGUGCAAACCCUGCUUAUAAAAUUAAAGAUUUGUUUACACUGGAUUUCUUAAGCCAUGUCGAGUCUCUGUACCGUUCUCUAAUGUGAGCAUAUUGCAGUAACGCACAGCCAGAGUACAGCUGGUGUGGCUUGUGGCUUAUUCAGCCACCUGUGAGUGAAUUACCCAUGCUGGAAGGUAUCUUUGUUAGUAGGUCACUUAGGAGCAGACAAACUUCAGAUCUUCUGAGCAUUACAAAAUACUGUAAUUCUCCAAGGAAUUUGCAACAGUACGGGAAUUAACCCAAAUAUUAAGGCUGAAUUCCAAAGACAAAAUAUAAUGACUGCAAAAAGCACAGGAAUGCUAUCUUCAUUGAUAUCCCUCUUUCCUAAGGGGCUUUAAAGCGAGGAGAAUUAAAAAAGAUUUGAGCUGAAAAUUACAUGCUUUUCUGCGCCAAGCCAGGCUCUCCCAAGUAUCGAGCAGGACUGAGCCCCCCAGCCAGCACUGUGAUAAAAAUAAAGCCAAUAGCAAUAAAGCACUGGCAAUCUAACAAAGCAAUUCAACUGGCUAGUCUUUGAUAUGAAAGUUUAGUAUUUGCCUUGCAGGCAGCACAAGAAGAACGAGUCCCUUUUCUGCACUGUAGAGUCAUCCGAUAGCUUGCUUUAAUCUCUGGAAGACAAGGAGAGUGCGAGUCAGAUGCUCGCGCAGCUGGGUCGGGCGAGGAAGAGCCCAGCGGGGACCUUGCCUCACCAGAGCUGCUGGAUUUCUUCCUAAAUCCCAGCCCAGCGACUGGAAGCGAGGUCACGGACAGGGGCAGCUCCGGAGCUGAGCGGGCCUUUGUCAGGCUGGAGGGAAGCGAGCAGGGGCCGCGGGGUGGGCGCCCGAGGGGGCGGGAGGGGAGCGGAGCGGAAAGGGGCACCCGAGCGAGCAUUUCUCCUUCGUCAUCGCCGACAAAGCAAGCACAUAAAGCCCCUUCUCCGUGCACGCAAGAUGUCAGUGCGAGGCUCCCGCCGCUGCCGAGCAAACCCGCCCUCGUCUCGGUGCGCUCACUCCCCCGUUACCUCAUUGCCACAUUCCCUAGCGAGUGAGCUCAGCUGUUCGCACAGCCUCUCUCCUUUUAUGGUCAAACAACUUUGCCUGGGCGAGGCCUUUUUCGCGAGUUGGUAGGAAGUGUUUGGGCUCAGCAGCUCCCCCACCUUUCAUUUCUGCUGCCUUUCCUGCCGGGCGGGCCGAGGAGCUGCCGGACCUCGGCACCUCCAGCAGCGCCCAGCUGCGCACCCUCGCUCCUCGGGGACUCCUCGCCCUGGGGCGGAAUUUCCCCUUCCCGCUUCUCCCCCAGAGGAUCAUAUGGGGCGUGCUUAGCUCAGCUCUUUGUCUGCUGCUCACUGUUGCUGCCUCUUCCUGCAUUUGAAGAGCCUAGAACAAUUUGUCAAGGGACUUAGAAGAUGGCUUCGCCAGGUACCCCAGGGACCCGCAUGACAUCCACAGUCAGUAUCAACAUUUCUACCCCUUCCUUCUACAACCCACAGAAGAAGUUUGCACCUGUGGUCGCCCCUAAACCCAAGGUGAACCCCUUCAAGGCUGGGGGUGCAUCAGAGUCAUCGCUGCCCCAGCCUCCCGGAGCAGGCACCCAGCGUGCCCAGAUAGGGAGGGUGGGGGAGAUCCCAUCAGCUUCCACGUCCAUGCUGGCAGAAGAGCUGCCGCUGCCACCUCCUCCCCCACCUGGAGAGGAUGUGAGUUUCUCCUCAAAUUGUGCUUUUCCCCCACCUCCGCCACCCUUUGAAGAGCCUUUUCCACCAGCCCCAGAAGAAACUUUUCCUUCUCCUCCUCCUCCAAUGUUUGAUGAAGGGCCUAUGGGCAUGGUAUCCACCCCACAGAUGUCUACAGUAUCCACAGGUUCUCUGGAGCAACCAUCAGCCCCAAAGGCACAUGUGGAAAUCUCGUCUGCACCCAGAGAUCCUCCUCAUUCAUUUCUUUCCAAGUUCACUCCAAAGCCAAGUGGAAGCUUGUCUUCCAAACCCCCUGGAGCAGAUGUGACCCCUGCCCCAGCCCCGUGGGCAGCUCCACAGCAGCACAAGGAGACCCUAGCAUCAGUCCCUCCACCCCCUCCUCUUCCUCCUGCUCAGUCUACCCCUAAAUUUACUCCACCUUCUGUUGCUGGCUCUCCUAAGUUUGGAUCCAAACCAGGUGCCACUGUUUCCAUGGCUCCUUCAAACUCUACAAGAUAUCCUACCUCCCUUCAGACUCAGUUCACAGCCCCUUCACCUUCAGGUCCCUCCUCUCGGCCGCAGCCUCCCAGUUUCACCUAUGCUCAGCAGCGGGAAAGGCCCCAAGUGCAGGAGAAGCCUGUUCGCACAGAACAACCUGCUGCCGUAAAAGACACGCAUAGACCCACAGGUUCCAGUGCAGACCCGCCUAAGGGAAACUCUUCCCUGACCAUGAAGGAGGUAGAAGAGCUGGAGUUGUUGACCCAGAAACUACUGAAGGAUAUGGAGAACCCACCCCCAGUAGAAGCCGCUACUUCUGAGCUCUGUGGCUUCUGCCGGAAGCCUCUGUCACGAACCCAGCCAGCUGUAAGGGCCCUAGACUGCCUUUUCCACGUGGAGUGCUUCACCUGCUUCAAAUGUGAGAAGCAGCUGCAGGGGCAGCAGUUCUACAAUGUGGACGAGAAGCCCUUCUGUGAGGACUGCUAUGCUGGGACCCUGGAAAAGUGCAGUGUCUGCAAACAGACCAUCACAGAUCGGAUGCUGAAGGCCACUGGUAACUCAUACCAUCCCCAGUGCUUCACCUGUGUGAUGUGCCACACCCCUCUCGAAGGGGCUUCUUUUAUUGUGGACCAGGCCAACCAGCCUCAUUGUGUGGAUGACUACCACAGGAAGUAUGCUCCACGCUGCUCAGUGUGUAGUGAACCCAUCAUGCCGGAGCCUGGGAAGGAUGAGACAGUGCGUGUGGUGGCACUGGAGAAGAAUUUCCACAUGAAAUGUUACAAGUGUGAGGACUGUGGGAGGCCCUUAUCCAUUGAGGCAGAUGAGAAUGGCUGUUUUCCACUGGAUGGGCAUGUAUUAUGUAUGAAGUGUCACACUGUUCGUGCCAAAACAGCACGCUGAGGAGCUUGGAGCAGGCAUACCCUGAAGACCCCUGCACUCAGUACUCUUCCCUUCCCCACCAUUGUCCUACCCUUCUGCCUGACAAGUCAGAUUGCUACCAAUGGAGACUCUGCCAGCGCAGCUCAUUAAUCACAUAAGAUUCACAACUCGUAGACUUCACUAUGCACACCCACCAAAAAAGGACCUCUUCUCCUAUCACCACUUCCUGGCCAUAGUGUAUUCCAGGCUGGGGGCUAUGACUGAGGUGAGUGCAAAAUCUCUGUUUGCUCAGCACUGGAGGAGAAAGACCAAAUCUCCACCACCGCCUGGUGGAAGUAGCAAAAAUGACCUGUGGCAGCAAUGGGAAAGGCUGAGCAUUCUGCUCCAUGAAGCCAGGAAUGAUUAUUUGACAUUAGAAGGUGGAAGCCUCCAUCUCAGUAUGGCUUCUGUCAUAGGUUUUCUCUUUCCUGUGCCACCUCUUUAUAGUGGCUGGAAAAAACUAACCUACUAGCUUUUAUUCUAAUGGAUUUUAUUGGCUAACUGUCCUGUCACCCUUUUUUUUUUUUUCUAGCCAGAUUAAACUGGCAAUGUUUGGAAUCCUACCCUGCUCCUGAGUUUGGAAACUUUUUAAUUUUUUUCUUUCUCCAAAGUUAACUUUGUCUCAGCAUGGUUUCUGGACAGUUGGGGGGGGCACCAGAGUAACAAAGCAGUCCAAAGAACACAUGUCUACAAAUAAAGACUGUCACGAGGAUGGGCAGCGUAUGGUGAGGAGGUGCCUCAAUGUGUGGAUGAGAAUUCAGCAGACUGAGGAGCAUCUCCUUGUUCCAAGUAGGGGUUCUUUCACUGCUGUCAGUGGAAGCUACAGUGUCAUUGCAAUAUACUGUCUGGCUCUGUGUGUUACUGCACUGAGUCUUACUUCCUGGACUAGAAAAUGUCAUACUAAACAAAUCUUUUGAAUAACUGUCUAACCACUGUUUGCAUCCAAUAAAAUAGUGACGAUUUUUCCA